AGGGCAAAGCACCAAACGUUUUAAACCGAGACAUACUCUGUAGAACAACACACGGGCAAAUUCCGCACAGAAUAACAGAUUACUCCACACAGCAUAAACAUCUCUUCACGUUCAUGAGUAGCCAACUUUAGAGCAAGCCUCCUGACGCGCAUCAUAGGAUGUUAAUAUAUAAAAAAGCAGGCAUCAGAGGUGCAUGGAUACGGUGGUUCGUAUGCACCCUUCUCUCACUUCUUCAUGGAGUAAUAUCCGAAACCAGUAGAGCACUGGAUAUAAUGACAAAAUAUCCACUGAUUGAUGGACACAAUGACCUGGCAUUACGUCUGAGAAUGCAUCAUAAUAACAAACUGAGCACUUUCAAUAUGCACCACAAUCCUAGGGUGGCUACAGAUAUUAGUCGCCUCACUGCUGGCCAUGUUGGAGGACAGGUUUUUGCGGCGUACGUGUUGUGCACAGCUCAGGACAAAGAUGCUGUCAGACUGACCUUGGAACAGAUUGAUGUAAUUCAUCGUAUGUGUACUGAAAACACAGAGUUGGAACUGGUCACCACAGCUGAAGGAAUGAGGACUAGUACAAAAAUCGCAUGUCUAAUCAGUAUAGAGGGAGGCCACUCCAUCGACAGCAGUUUAGCAGCACUACGCAUGUUCUACCAGCUUGGAGUAAGAUCCAUGGCCCUCACACACAACUGCAACACCCCAUGGGCUGAGAGCUCAUCAAGUUAUUACACUUAUUACCAGCAGAAGAAUAACAGCCUGACAGAUUUUGGCAAGGCAGUGGUGAAUGAGAUGAACAGGUUGGGAAUGCUGGUUGAUCUAUCCCAUAGCUCAUGGGAGACAACCAGAGCUGUGCUGAAACAUUCUACUGCUCCGGUUAUUUUCAGCCACUCUUCAGCCUAUGCUAUCUGUAACAAUAUUCGCAACGUACCUGACGAGCAGCUGCUGCUGCUGAAAGAAAAUGGCGGGCUUAUCAUGGUGAACUUCUACAGCAGUUUUGUAGCAUGUUCAAAUAACGCAAACGUGUCUGUUGUGGCUGAUCAUUUUGAUCAUCUAAAGCAGGUGAUUGGAGCUGAAAACAUCGGGAUUGGAGCAGACUUUGAUGGGGCACAAGGAUUCCCUAAAGGCCUGGAGGACGUAUCCAAAUAUCCAGCACUAAUUGAGGAGCUGAUAUCAAGGAACUGGACUGAGGAAGAACUGGCGGGAGUGCUAAGACUGAACUUCCUCAGAGUGUUCCGAAAGGUUGAGAAGGUACGUGAUGAUAUGCUGCACAAUUUACCCAGUGAAGCUGAAAUCUCACUUUUGGAAGUAAACAAGAGCUGUCGUGCGAUGCUGGUCCAUCCAAGCAGCCAUCGAAAUGGAAACGCUCCAUUAACGCCUGUGAAAGCUUUGAUCUGCUUCAUCUUAUUUUUGAUCCAGUUAAAGUAAUCUAACAAACAAUGAAUCAACCAGAGACAGUAUACAAAUUAAAUGUUUACCAGACUGCUUAGCCAACACUUGAUUUAAAAUCUCAAGACCAGGAGUACAUUUGGAGACCGUUCGCUGACUGAAACUGACACAUUUAGGUCUUUGACCAUUUUGGAAACUGUUAAUGUUUGGUAACAGUUUAUGAAGACCAUACUUUAGAAUUGUUUCAUAAUAUGUAUGGCAAGUGUACAGAUCACAUGAGGUAACAAAAUGAAGUAACAAACAGCACUGUUGCAUUAUCUUGUACUUUCUUAACAUAUCAGUAAGAAGCAUCUGUUUCUUUCAGUCUGUCUGGUGUUUCCCUUUUGUAGAAGUAGAUAUAAAAAUAUAGAUGGUAGAUAUAAAAAAACUAUUUGUUAUAUUUUU